AUGCUGCACUGUCCAAACAACUCAUGUGCUGGGCCUGAAGGAAACAGGAUUGCUUCUGGCUUGAACAACAUCAGCUUUGCCAACCCUGCCGUUGAUGUGUUGCAAGCAUACUACAGGAACAUAAGUGGAUAUUACGAAGCAAGUUUUCCAGACGAACCACCUAAUCUGUUCAACUUCACAGCAGAGGACUUGACAACAGACAAUUACACCAUAACCAGUCGGGCUACGAGGGUGAAGAUGUUGGAUUAUAAUGCCACAGUGGAGAUAACAUUCCAAGGGACUAAUAUCAUGGAUUCAGGAGAGAAUCAUCCAGUCCAUUUGCAUGGAUUCAGAUUUUAUGUCAUCGGAUCUGGUUUAGGAAAUUUCAACAACGUGACCGAUCCAUUAACUUACAACUUGGUUGAUCCCCUGAAGUUAAUACCUUCCCAGUCCCUAAGGACGGUUGGGCCACCAUCAGAUUCAUAG